GUAAAGGCCACUUUCGGUGGAGCGCAUACCCUGGCAUGUUUGCUGGUGGACGAUUGACGGAAAUGACAAAGUACUUUCUGGAAAAGAUCGAUCUUCCUUCACUUGUAACAAGUUCAGAUGAAAACGAUCCAAAUACUAAUCAAAAGAGUGCUGGGAGUGGCACUUCGAAAAGACUACGUGUCUUGGAUUUGUGUUGUGGUAGUGGUAGCGUGGGAGCCGCUGUCUUGGUGGCUUAUGCAGAUGCAUUGCGAAGAGGAGAUUCUGGGUGUGGCGUGGCAGUACCGACAGCAACAAGUACAAGUGAAUCAUCAACUCCCAAGAACUACAGGUCUUUACUACUCCAUUCAGCUGACGCGGACACACUUGCGGUGAAAGCAUGUCGCAAGAAUCUACGGAGACUGGUUGGUAAAUUCGAGCUUUCAGAGGAAGCUUCUACUUGCGUUGAAUUGGACUUCUUCCUGAGUGAUGGACUUCGCGGAGUGUCGUGUAAAGAAUCUUCCCCUAGUACAACUAGGACUAAGCGCUACGACCUGAUCCUAUCGAAUCCUCCAGUUCAUAACGGUGUGCAGACGGACUUUUCUGUCGUUGCGCAUGUCGUUUUGGAGGGGCGGCGAUGGCUACGCAAAGGGGGUCGACUGUUGCUCGUGUUACAGGAGUACAUCCCGUUACGGUCGAUUGUCAGUAAUUUCCAACACGACCUGGAUAGUUCUUACUCAGUCACAAACGUUGUUUGUGACGGAAAAUAUGCUGUAUGGGACCUUCUCAGAAUAUGAACAUACAAGAACUUCAUGUCUUACCACUCCCUUUUCCCUAUGAUUCUUCCCUGCCCCGCAAAGCGACGGAAUGCUGGUGCUCGGAUGUCAAUAACGAAAAAUGCGAC